AUAAAUUAUUUAUACAAUUGUAAAUAAUUAAUAACAACUUUUUACGCUAUGGAUGUUAAUGAAUUUCCGUAUACUCCUUUUCUUGGAGAAUCCGUUAAAUUUCACUUUGAAAGUGCUGAUAACGUAAAGCCUGAGGACUUCAAUUUUCCAAAGGGAAGUUUAGGGGUUUUACAUCUGGCUUUUGCUUCUAAUAAAAAGCCUGAAGGUGAUGAGAGUAAGGAUUACUCCUUACAAUCACUUGAGUACUUUCCUUCAUCAUUUUAUCACAAGAAUUCUCCGCUUAAACAACUUGCCACUAACAACAAAUUCUCCGCAUCAUUAGGUGACAAAUUGGAGUCAGUUGGAACAAGAGAUGAUCUAGAGGUUUUAGUUGAAGCUGUAGUUGGAUGUGGAAAGAAAUUAGAACUACUGACAACAGACCUAGCAACAGUUGCAAAUACCUUAGCCUCAGUUUUAACCUCAAAUAAACUGAAACACGCGGCACUUUUGCUACUUGAUUUUACUGAAGAAUAUGUUGAACUCCUUUUGACCCAACUGCUCUUUCAACUUUGCCCAGAUAACAGGUUUAAAAAGGAUAACAAACAUGAGUUCUAUUUGGAGAAUCUCUUUGUAUUUAACAAACACGCAAAGAAUCUAUCACACAUGCAACAAAGGGUAAAGGCCUUUUCGGAAUCCAUGGAUAUGGCAAAACAGUUAACCUCAGCCCCUCCAAACUAUUGUAACACAGUAACCGUUUCUGAAUUUUUUAAGAAGAAAUUAACCUCACUGGGUUUAAAAGUAAAAGUUCUUGAGUAUGACGAUUGCAAGAAGUUGAAUAUGUUCUGUUACUUAUCAGUUGCACAGGGGAGCAAAUUUCCUCCAAAAUUCCUCCACGCAGUUUAUAAACCCGAGGGAGAAGUUAAGAAAAGACUUGCAUUCGUAGGAAAAGGCUUAAUGUUCGAUUCCGGAGGCUACAACAUAAAGAGCUCCAGUAGUAUGAUCCAUUAUAUGAAGCUGGAUAUGGCCGGAUUUGGCACAGUUUUCUCAGCCGCUUAUGCAUUGGCAAAGUUGAAGCCGAAUAACGUAGAACUUCACUUCGUUGGAGGUUUAUGUGAAAACAUGCUUGACGCUAACUCAUACAGACCUGGCGAUGUUGUCACCGCCUCAAAUGGAAAAACUGUUGAAGUAUUGAAUACGGAUGCUGAAGGAAGAGUAACACUGGCGGAUUCGUUGUAUUAUGCAGCUCAACUUAAUCCUGACUACCUUGUUGAUUGCGCAACAUUAACAGGCGCAGCCAUGGUAGCUCUGGGCGUAAAGUGUGCAGCAUUUUACUCCAAUGACGAAGAUCUAGCACUAUUAUACGAAAAUUCGGCUAGAAACGCUGGUGAGUUGAUGUGGAGAAUGCCGUUGCUGAAGGACUAUAAGGAUUUGCUAAAGUCGAACAUAGCCGACUAUGCAAACGUUAACUUUAAUGGAAAGUGCGGGUCAAUAAACGGGGCUCUGUUCCUAAAAGAGUUUGUCGACGAUAAAAAAUGGCUCCAUGUCGACUUUGCGGGACCUGUAUUCGAUUUCAAGAAUGAAAAGGGAACUGGAUUUGGAGUUUUGACACUUCUCAAUUUCGUCCUAUCAUUGACAUAAAAAUUACAAAAUCAAGUUAACAACAUUGGAACUGUAAUGAUAAGAUUAGAAAAUCAAUAAUGUAGUACUUACACAUC